GGCCGAGGCUGUUGCAAUCGGCUGCCCGAUAAGGGAUCACCUGGCCUGGGCGAGGGCUAUAAAAGGGGCCAGGCAGGCUCUGGGCCAGGCAUCCUGCCCUCCCGCCUGGUGCCCAGGAGCUCCUGAUCUCCGUGCCCAGGGUCUGUGCUGCGCCCCCGAAGGACCGGCCCACCAUGCACCAGCCACUUCUCUGCUGCUGCCUGCUCCUGCUGUGCCAUGAGCUACAUGGGCUCCGGCUGCCCCCCACAGUCCCAGGGGGAGGCGCUGCUGGAACCGUCAAGCCCCCAGGGACGGACGUCACCCCCCUCCCUGCUUCUCCCGAUGCACCCAGCUCCCAUCAGGCUGCUGCCAGGGUGUUGCUUGACUCCCUCCCGGGGCAGCUUCCCCAGCCCGGACUCCCACGGGUGGGGGUCUCCUGCCACGACUUGCUGCCCGAGGCCCUGGAGGGUUUCUCCCAGCUCCCGCCGCUGCCCCAGAUCCUCGCCAGUGCGGCCUUAGCCCUCUCCCUGCAAGGGGCUGGCUGCCCCCUCCAGGCCGAGGGGCUGGUGCUGCGGCUCUACGGGGCGGUGGGGGUGGAUGAUGCCAACGCGCUGCUGCUGGGGAUAGCAGGACUCCCAGGCACCCCCAGGCAGGGCGGGAGAGGCAGGACCACCCUGCUCUUCAAUGUGGAUCAGCUGGCAGGGCCGGGCCCCCGGCAUUGCUCGGGCCUGGCCCGGCUCGACAGCUUCCUGCUGCUGGGCCCGGUGGCCAGCACCCACGCCACCUUCCCAGCUGCCGCCGCCGCCUGCCACAGGCUGGGGUCUGCCUGCGCCGGCGUGGCCUCCAACGGGACCGCCUCCUUCUCGGUGAUCGGACAGCCCGGCGCCUACGCCCUGCCGGGCCGCGGGGCCCAGGCCUGGCUGCACCGGUGCCGCUGGGCAGGGAGGAACCGGCGCGGGAGCCCGGAGGCCUGCAGCAGCGAGCGGGAGCGGAAGGUGCACGGCGUGCUGGAGUGGGUGCCCGUGGUCAGCACCUACUACAACGUUGGCACCAGCAUCUACUACGCCUUCCAGAACUGCACGGCGAUGGCCAAGGAGCGGGGCAUCGAGGCGGCCCUGGACCUGAGCUACGACACCCUCGUGGUGCUCGCGGGCGGGGCAGGGGGCACCGUGGGCCUCGGCGUCGGCAUAGGGCUGAAGCCGGCCAUCAAAGCGGGGGUGCGGUCUCUGAUCAGCUACUUCCGGCAGGUGGAGCCGUCCGCCCCCCCGCCCACGAGCUCCUCCAGCCCCGUCACCGCAGCCAGCUCCUUUGUGCCGCCAUCGGUCUGGGUGUGAAUAAAGCGGGGCGCUGCCCAUUUCU